GGGGCGUAAAGGCCAUUACAGGCAUUUACUUCAUUUUCAAAACCAUCUUUUUAGAUGAACAAAGAGCCACUUCCAUCCCCCUCGUAGCAAAAACUAGGGUUUUUUCCUUCUCUCUUUGGUUUUCCCUCGAGAAGAUCGAUCUCGAUGAUGAAGAAGAGGCAAGUCGUGCUAAAGCAAAGGAGAAGCUCGAACCCAACAUCUUCUUCUUCCUCGUCGUCGUCCUCGACCGUGCGUUACGCCGAGUGCCAGAAGAACCACGCGGCGAACAUAGGCGGAUACGCCGUCGACGGGUGCCGGGAAUUCAUGGCCAAGGGCGGCGAAGGCACCGCCGGAUCCUUGUCGUGCGCCGCCUGCGGAUGCCACCGGAACUUCCACCGGAAAGAAGUCGCCACCGAGGUCGUUUGUGAGUACUCUCCUCCUAACGUCUCUUAAAUUAAACACAGAAAAUGAACAAGGACAAGACAGAAAUCCAAAAGGGAUAAAGGGUUUUUGAUCCUUUGCUUUUUUUUUUCCUUAUGAAAUUGAUCGACUGAUUGAUGAUAUAGAGAUAUUUGUAUAUGAUACAUAUCGCCGAUCUAUAUUGUGUUUCAGUCAAAGAAAAGAUUCUCGAAGACGAUGAUUCUUGCUAUAAUACUCUAGGAGGCGUGUGUAUUUAUAAUCGAUGUAUACGAUACGAGUGUGUGUAUGUGUGUAUAUAAGUUUAUAAUAUACAGUUCAUUUUCCCAUAUACAAGUUCUGGACCAUGAUUCAGGGAUUUUCUUUCUUUCACGGUCUUUAUAAUUUGUAUAAUAUUUCACACCAACAAUUAGCGAAGCUCGAACGAUGGAAAAUAAUUACUUAUUUUUAUUUUGUGGUUUCGAAUGAUUUUAUGGUGUAUUUGAGUUUAGAUUCGAAUCAUAUAAUGACUCACUAAAGCAUUCUAUCAUUUCAAUACACUUUAUGUCAAUGAAUAAGAUCCAAAUGAGAUUUGUUUGGCUUUAUUUGUUGUUGGAAUACUGAUUUAUUUUUUGUAUGAAAUACUAUGAUAAAUAUUUUUAAAAUACAGAUUUUAAUGUAGAGUGUAAUUUUUUUAAAAAAAAGAUAUAAUGGGAGAUUAUAUAAACUAGAAGAAAAAAUGCCCCAACGGGCGUUUCUUAUUGGGAAAAUGGAAAUUAGCUUAUAUUACAUAAAAAAACAUACAAAUCAAUACAAGUUCCAAUGAACAUGUGUGGUCGUCACUUUGUCCAAUACAAAAGGAGAGAGCAUAAUUUUUUUAUUACUCAAACCAUGCAAAUCUCAAUGUUUUAUGAUUUUUCUAAAUAGUAUAAGGUUGAUUACAUUUAGAAAAUCAACAUUUGCACGUAAUGAUCAAUCUUGGCAGAAAAAAAAAAUAAUUUUUGCUCAUAUUAGUAGAAUCUAAUAGUUGUCAAAGAAUAUGAUUUUCCAAUAGUAAUUCAUUUGUCAAGUAUUUUUUUUUAAUAUUUUAUUGAUAGAUUAAUUGCUAACUUUUUUAAAUCAAAUUCGUAAAUCCGACUCAUAGUUAACUUUGUUUGAUCGUGAAGACUUUUUACAUAAUGUUCAAUAACAAUAGAUUUAGAUAAAUAUUAGUAAACCAAUGAUUUGAAUAUCAUGUUGGUUAAUUAGAAAAUCUAAAUAUGUUUUCUGAUUAAUUAUAUUUAAAUAGUGUAUUAUUCCCGUUAUGUAUAUGUUGCAAGAGAAUAUGGCCCACAUAUCCAAUCAUGUUAUCAAAUCAUUUGUAUUAAUGUUUUUUUAUUUCUUUUUAUUUCAUUCUUUAUAUAAUUUUUUUUUGAAGCAACUAGAAAUAAAUAAAAAGCUUGCUUUCUUUUCUAUCAUCUAAGCGACCACUGGAAUUUGUUGGGAAAGACCA